AUGAGAAGACGUUUCACAAGUCAAAAGAACACAAACGCAAAAGCAGAGAUUACGGUUGGUUAUAACGUAAAUGAUGAUAAAUCACGAAUUAUUCAAAAUGUUAAAGUUAAUGUUAGCCCUGAAUUAACAAGGUCAGCAACUCAACCAAAUUUAUUAACUCGUGACUUACCGAAGAAUGAGGAGAAUGAAGAAAACCAUGAGAAUGGAGACCCAAUCAUUUUAUCUGAACCCGGUAAAGAACCUGUUGAAAUUCCCACUUAUCCAACAUACCCCCCACCUCUUUCAUCAAACAUCGAGAACCCAUAUAAAAUAGACAUUAAUUCUGAAUUAAUGAAAAUUUACCGUGAUAUAAUAAUUAAUAAUUAUGAUUCAAUAAUAAAUUUAAUUGAUCAAUCCGGUUUAAUUAUUUUACCUUAUGAAUCAUUAAUUCACAUUAUCGCCAUUCUUUGUGAUGUUCAAGAUUCAGACGUUAAGAUUCAAUUUUUCAUAGAUGAUGAGGUUUCAUGCUGCGGAACAGUUGCAAAAAUAAAUCCUAUAAAGGAUAUUAGCACAAUUAAGAUAUCAAAGAACGGAACAACAACUGAACUUCAUUUAACAUAUAAUGAUAUUUAUAAUAAAAUAGUUGAUGAAUAUAAAAUAUCACUUGAAAAAUUCUUUGUUAAGGCUAUUUAA